UUUAACUAUCACCAAAACCAAACAAUCACUAAUGACGAAAAAGGGAGUUUGAUCCCGCGAUUGAUUGCUAAUUUGGUAAUUUCAUUUCUUGUUCAAAUCCUAAAGUUGGCUUCUCAGUUUUCCCCUCUGCCCGACCCCACCCAACAGUAGGAGGAUUCAACUUUAUCGCCAAUAAAUAUGAGCCUUGUUCAAUGCAUUUCUUCCCUUUUCCCCUCCUUCCUCCCCCCACUCUCUAUUAGGCGAAAUUCUUGCCCGUUUUUUUUUUUUUUUUUUUUCAUUUCUCCGCCGUCAUGCUGUCCACAAUUCCGGCCACACACCCUUCCCCCGCCUCCUCGUUGCUCGAGAACACCGCCACGGAGUUCUCGAGCUUCGACUACGACUUCCCUCCGUGGGACGCGGAGGACUAUUGUUCCCCGGAGAUGUUGAUCUUUCCCGACGAUGACGUCAUCAUGCCACUCGGCUCUCCCGACUCCGGACCCGCCGGUUCGGACCCCGAGGAAAAACCGAACCUCCUCGUGUUCCCGGACCAAAAAAACUCCGCGGACUCGAACACCACCACGGCCGUGGCGGGGCCCGCUUCGGUCGACGACGAGCGGAGGCGGAGGAGGAUGAUAUCGAACCGGGAAUCGGCGCGGAGGUCGAGGAUGAGAAAACAGAGGCACCUAGAAAACCUAAGGAACCAGGUGAACCGGCUCAGGGCCGAGAACCGCGAACUAAGCACCCGGCUGCGGUUCGUCUCGUACCACGCGAACCGGGUGCGGACCGACAACGAGCGGCUCCGGUCGGAACACACCAUGCUCCGACACAAGCUCUCGAACAUUCGCCAGAUCCUCACUUUCCGCCAGCUCACCAACCAGUUCGCCGUCGCCACCUCCGCAUGGCCGUGCAAUAACAUUGUCCACCCUACCGCCGCCGCCGCCGCCGCCGAACAAUUCCCCUCAUUAAUCGCCUCAUGAUGAUGACUCAUAACUACGUAUUCCUUAAUGAAACCUCUCAAUCUAUAUAUAUACAUACACAUAUAUAUCUCUCCCUCAGCAAAUAGGAAGAAAAAAAAAAAAAAUGGAUGGAUCUGUCGCAGCUCACCGUAGUAAGUAAUUCAGUACUCCAAAUAAGAACAGCAGACGGAGAAGCGCUCUCUCUCUCUCUCUCUCUCUUUUUCUCUCUUGUGUUGAUUAGGAGCUUUUUGUUUGGCUUUGUGUAAAUGAAGGGGCUGGGUUUUUUCUUGUUCUUUUUCCUCCUUUUUUUCGGUCCGGAGAGAUCCAAGUUUAGUGCGAUCAUCGAAAGGCAUAUGGGGAAGUGGUCAUGAAAUCAAAUCAGGUUUCAGUG